AUGAACUGCAGUUACUGCCACACCAAGAAAGGCUUGGCAAAGUGGAAGUGCCCUUGCACGCUGGUGAGAUGGUGCAGCCAGAAAUGCAAGCAGCAAGACUGGGCACAUACAAAUUCUUGCUCUGGUCCUCCUCCUCUCCCCACUCUCCCCGCCCUCCCCACAGGACUUGACCUUCCUAUGGCUUACCCAGGUGGAGGGAAGAAGAACGCGGCGGCCUCUUCUGGGACGGGAUAUGGAGGCGAUGGCAGGGGCGAUCUGCAAAAGCGGAAAGCAGGGAUAAAGCAAGCUGUGAAACGAGAGAAUCAGGCAUUGAAAGAAUGGCAGAAAGAAUUGAGUGCCUUUGUGAAAAAGAAGCACGGUGCAGGCGAAGACGCCUCUUCCAUUCUAGACACUCUGAAGAAAGUGCUACGGAGCCAGACACCUGACUGGUGGUGGAUACAGCCGCAGAGAAGCCUGUAUGUGACGGCUCUGCAAGUGUGCAAUGUCUUGACACAACACUAUCCACGAGAAUGGGGGGAGGCAGAAGACGAAGAAUCGGCCAUGGCAGCAUUGGAGGAGUUGUCGCAGACUUCGAAGCUUCUCAUCAAACAAUUGGAGAAGGAAGAUUCAACCAAAGAUCUUGCAGCAGCAUCAACAACGAAAGGGGUCGUGGACUUGGAAGAAUCACCCAAAAUCUCGCCUUCUUGGUUUUCCAGCCAGCUCUCCUCAAAGAAAACACACGACAAGGACUCCUCGCUCCCAAAGGCUGUGGUGCAAAUCAGAGAGCAGGCUGCUGCUGUAGUAGCAUCUGUGGUGGAAGCACCCGAGCUUAGCAUGACAUCCGCAAAAGACCGUCAAGUCUUGAAACCUCAUGCAUUUGAGACGGCAGAAGCUUUUGAGCGACCGAAGCACUUCUAUGCCGCGGGUGGAGGACACUCAAAGCAACCAGACUACCUGUAUCAGCCCUACAAUUAUCUAAAGAAAAAGGCGACGCCAACGAAGAAUGGAAACAAGAAGAAUGGCCUCAAUGGGAUCAAGGCAUCAGCAGCUGUCCUUUGGAAAGAGAUUUCCACAUAUCCUACGGCGUUGCCAAUUGAAUAUGGGAGCUCCAUCUUUGUCCGAUCGCUGGAAAACCAAAUGGACAUGCUUCGGGCGUUGAUCAUUGGGCCUGAAGACACUCCCUAUUCCAAUGGAAUUUUCAUGUUCGAUAUUAGUAUGGGUGAUUAUCCGCAUUCGCCGCCAAAAGUCCAGUUCUUGACAACCUCUAGCUUCCUCUCAGCGGGAGCAAAGAAAGUGAGGUUCAAUCCGAAUCUUUAUGAAUGCGGAAAGGUCUGCCUUUCUCUUCUUGGGACAUGGCAGGGCCCAGGCUGGCAGAAAGGUGAAUCGACAUUGCUGCAGGUUUUGGUGUCGCUUCAAUCACUCAUCCUCGGAACGAGCGAACCAUACUUCAAUGAACCGGGAUUUCAAUCAUCCCAGGGGACCGCCAGAGGCAAAACCGAGUCGGACAAGUACAACAAAAAGAUUCGACGAUACACCUUUGAAGUUGCCAUUCUUCCAUUUUUAAAGAACCAGCUUCAGAGCGCGAACAAACACAACACGACAACCACCGCCAAGAGAAAGGACCCGCCUGGCACGGGCGCGACAAACAAUAAGGAUGCCAUUUACUUCCCGGAGUUUGCCGAAGUCAUAGAGCAGCAUUUUCGCCUCAAGAAGCAGGCGAUUCAGAAACAACUGUGGGGUUGGCUACAAGAGGAUGCCACUCUGCAGAAUUUGUACACGGAGUACUGGAAUACAGUGGAGCAGCUGGAACAGGAGACCACAACUCAAUCCGCAGCAGCGGCCAACGCCAAGAAGCGAGCACGACGUUCCAAAGUGGAUGCCCCCGCAGUCAAGAUGCAGGACGGGGUGAUUCUGCUGGAUGAUGAUGACGACGACGAUGGUUUUGAAGCGGCUACCGCGUUGGCCAUCAAAAUGUCGGUAGAGGGGCUGAAGUCCGACAAGAAACCAGGGGAGAAGGACGAAGUGGUCAUGCUUGAUGACAGUGAAGACGAGGAAGAUUGCAAACCUUCCGCCAAACCAGUUGCCAAACCCUCGGCCAAUCCUGCUGCCAAACGUUCUCCUGCUCCUGCUGCGAAGGUUGGUGAAGGGCAAGAAAAGGUUGAUGCUUCUGGUGACGUGGUUGAUCUUACCUAG